AUGCAGAUUCAGGGACAGCUGGUGUCACCCAGGGAGCGCGGAGGAGCAGCAAUCUGUUGUCCAGACCUGGGCAGUUCAGAUGGUCCCCCACGGAACUGGAAGGGCAUAGGAAUUGCCAUGGUGGUGAUCCUGGCUGUUAUGUCUCUGGUCAUCCUCUCUGUCAUCCUCCUCACUCCUGAUGCAUCUAAAUUGUUACUCCGUUCCCAUCUCACGAUGGAGGAUCUGGAGCGUGAAGAGUUCAAAGUUCAUGACCCCUGUGUGGCAUGGUUGAACGAAAACGAAGUGGCUCUCCGCACCAGAGAAGGACACGUCCUGUCCUUCAGCCUCAACAGCAACCUCACCUCGACUCUGGUGGACAACAGCUCCCUGUGCACUGAGGAGCAGAGCAAUGCAGUUUUGGGACGGACGGCAAUGGAAAACGUGACGCUAAUAGUCACACCUAUUGCUGAUGUGACGCCAGGGGGAGACUUUGAGCAGAACCGGGAGCCUGAGAGGCCGCAUGGACCUAUAUGGGAUCAGCUCACUGAUCCACUACUAAAUUCCAAGUGUCUGCAGACAAGAUGUGUGUCCUCUUGGCGUAUAACAUUCAACCGGGACCUGCUGGAGCUCAACCCUCCGGAGAGAGAGAAAGCAGUGCUACAAUAUGCUUCCUGGGGGCCUCAGGGGAGCCAGCUGGCCUAUGUGUUUGAAGGAGAUAUCUACUACAAGUCGAGUGUGACCAGCAAAGCCCUGCGUCUCACAACCACCGACCUGGAGCAGAAUGUGGUGAACGGGCUGUCUGACUGGACUUAUGAAGAGGAAGUGCUCUUGACAUAUGUUGCCCAUUGGUGGUCUAUGGACGGGGCCCGGCUGGCGUACCUCACCAUCAACAACUCUGCCACACCUGUGAUGGAAAUACCUCACUUCUUAGGGGGUCUGUACCCCUCCAAUGUGCUCUUCCCCUACCCAAAGGCUGGCUCAAGUAUCCCAUCAGUCAGUCUGUUUGUGGUGAAUCUGUACGGUCCAGCUCACACUCUGGAGAUGAUGCCUCCUGACUCCCUCAGGGCCAGAGACAGCUACAUCUCCAUGGUGACUUGGAUCAGCAGCACCCGCCUCGCAGUUCGUUGGCUGAACCGUGCCCAGAACCAAUCAGUGCUGUGCGUGUGUGAGGCUACCACAGGGGCAUGCUCAGAGAAACACAAAAUGGCCAUGGACAUAAUGCAAAACCAACGGCAGGACGUGCCAUUGUUUUCAGCAGACGGCUCCGUGUUUUAUACAAUCCUGCCAGCAAAACAGGGCGCUCGUGGAGAGUUCCACCACAUUGCUGCUCUUUCAGCCCAGCCUGCCAUCCCCUCCGUCCCUCCUCGCUUCCUGACAUCAGGGAGCUGGGACGUCAGCUUGCUCUGCGCCCUCGACGAGAAGGCUGGAAAAAUCUAUUUCCUGAGUGCAGAAGAAUCCAGACAAAGCAGACACCUUUACAGUGUGGACCUGGAUGGAGUGUUUCAGCGCCAGUGCAUCUCCUGUAACCUUAUAGAUGGAUGUCGCUUCUUUAAAGCUCAAUUUAGCCCCAAUCAAACCCACUUCACCCUCUACUGUCUAGGCCCAGGAAUCCCUAAAGUGACAGUUCACAGUACAAAGGACCCCUACAGAUACGUCGUCUUGGAGGAUAACAGCCCUCUAUCUAAAGCUCUGGAGGACAAGAGGCUCCCCGAAACUCUGUUUAGGACACUCCCAGCAGACAACCAUGAUGUACACCUGAAGCUAUCUCUACCGCAGGGUUACGAGGCCAACCUGCACCCUCUUCUCAUCAUUGUGGAUGGCGUUCCUGGCUGUCAGUCGGUGACAGAGGAAUUUGCUCUCGACUGGCCUCAGGUCCUCUCGGGCACACACAAUGUGGCUUUGGCAUGGGUGGACGGCAGGAGUGGGGUUGGCCGUGGACAGAAGACCGCCACUGUGGAUCCACGCAAGCUUGGCUCAGUUAGAGUCAGAGAUUAUCUGGGAGUUGUUGAGUUGUUGAUGCAACUGCCUUAUAUUGACGAUCGUCGGAUGGUCCUCUAUGGCAAGGCAUUUGGAGGUUAUUUAACUCUCAAGAUGUUAGCUGCAACAGAUAAACUCUUUCAAUGCGCAGCCGCUAUGGCACCGGUAACUGACUUCAGGCUUUAUAGUGCUGCAUUCUCAGAGAGGUAUCUAGGCCUUCCAGCAAAGGAGGAGCACGCUUACUCUACUACCUCUUUGCUGGAGGAUGUUAACAAGCUGAAAGAUGAGAAUUUCCUUAUUCUACAUGGAACUGCAGAUGCGAGGGUACACUUCCACCACACCGCUGAGCUCCUGAGCCGACUGGUGAGGGUGGAAGCCAACUACUCACUGCAGCUGUACCCAGACGAGGGCCACAUUCUGAGAGAGCCACGCAGCAUACAGCACUUCCAGCGGACAGUGGUGAACUACCUCCAAGGCUGCUUGAAGCACAGCAACCUCCUAGAUCCUGAAGAGGAUCCCGAGGAAGAAGAUGAUUGAGCCCAGAGCCCCUUUUCCAUCCUUGUGGAAGGACCAUCUUUGGACUGUGUGCCAUUUUAUGCAUUAACUUGGGUCGGAUUACUAGGCACAAGAGCACAGGAGUGGGGACCAAACACAUUAGAUCACCUCCUACAAAUUCUGGAAAAAUGUAUGUACUGUAAACCAUGUUGCACACAAUUAUUUCUGCUGUUAUACUAUAUGUUUGAGGCCCUGCUUUUUUUUACAAAAGUCACUCGAGGUGUUGUGGACUAGAAGGCAUACUGAGUCUGCCAAAAGUUUACAAAGAUUUUAAAACGUGCAUGUCAUAAUGGCUGCAUGAUGUGGAUUAGUUUACAUUGUAGUUUCUGUGUUACGCAGAUCUAAAU